CACAGUACACGCAUGCAACACAUAUACCGUACCACACAGAAUUCGUACAGUUCAGUCUAUUUGAGUCCGGGCCAUUUAUAUGAUUUAGGUGUACGGUGUUGUCGUUUUGGUAGCUCUGGAAGUCUGCACUUAAUUUAUUGGGACAGAAUUAAUAUUUGGCAACCAGAUAUGGCCCAGGCUGCAGGACAGAAGACAAAAGAGAAGGAACCAAUCAACAUCGUUCACCAAAAUGCCAUCCUCUGUGAGACGAUUCAGAAAGAGAAUAAAACUCAGAAGUUGUACACCAACUACAGUAUUAACCCGUUCAAGAAAAUGUACACAUUGACAGGGAAGCCCAACUCAUUACACGAUUCAGCUGAUGGAGAGGAAGAUGAUCAUUUUCUCCGAAUCAUCAAGCGUUCUUACCAAGAGCCGGUGAAGAAGUUUGAAUUCCCACAAACAGAAGCUCAAGAAGUCGGAUGGUACUACACACCUCUGCUACCUCAGGAUCGAGAGGAUCGCAGGCUACACUUCCCAAGACAGAACUCUGAGAUCACCAAAUACAUGGAUGCAGCGUGGAGACAAAAGGAACAGCAGGAAAACCUGCAAUAACUCUUUGGCCAAUCAAAUGCCUCCUUUGAAAACUUUGACUUUAAGAGUGCUGUUUUCCAAAGCUCCAUCAUCUCAACAUCUGGAGCGUGUGACUUCAUUUCAUGUAUGUGUACACGUGAAUACACAUGUAAAAUGCAUCAUCUCCUACAUAAGCACAGCACAAUUGCUACACUGGAGCCAAGUUUUACUACAAACACGUGGGCGCCAGAUAGCCUAGAUUAUGUAGCUACCAUAUUCUGUAAACUGCUGGACUGUGAAAACGAUACGUCAGUGCCAUUGGUUAUAGUGAUGGAGUCGUUAAACAUCAGCAAUCAUGAGAAACCUCAGCUUAAGUCUUUGGAUUUAUUUGGGGGGAGUUGUGGAACCCCGAGCUCCGAUUUCCAAAUUUACAUCCCUUGAUCAACUGACAGCAGUGCUGAGAAUUCUAAGAUUUGGGAUCCACGUUUGCUUUAGGAAACACCAAUCUCUCCUUUGUUGUGAUGUACAAGUAGGGGGAGUCUUUCAAUCACAGAAUAACAUGACUGAAUGCAUUUCCGAUCCAGUAAUCCCCGCCCACUGCACACAUGGGCACUUGUCACAUGGCUUUCUCCAAAGGCACACAACAUAUUCCAGGUGCACACAUCGUAUUUGUGUGCCGGCAUGUUAGACUUUUGUGCCACGUCAGACAUACAUCACCACUGUGAUUGGUCAGAAAACAACGGGGUGGGGCUUAAUGGAUUGGCUUAUUCUAUUGUCGAGUCAUGUUAAAGCUUUAGGGUACAUGCAUUAGUGCCUUCAAUAUAAGAGUGUUCAGUUAAUGGUUUUAGUUGCCUAUUUGUAAAGUUUUGUAAAUAAAAGAAGUGAAUUGGUUCCGCAA